AUGGCAACACAGACAGACAGAAUUGACGAGGAUGAAGGAAAGAGCAUUGGCCAGCAUCUCGAGUCUACUGGCGAGAAUACCAAGGCUGGAGAGGUCGCACUGAAGUCACAGGCUGAUGACCUGGGCAUCUGGGCAACAGUCAAAAGAUUCCCGAAGGCUGUCUUGGUGUGCAACCUGCUGUGCAUUGCUGCUGCUGCAGACGGUUACCAGAUUAACCUAAAUGGAAACAUCAUAGCAAAUCAGGGCUUCAUCAAUCAUGUUGGCUUCUUGGACCCCAGUGGCGAAAGGGCACUCAACGCCAACUACACAGCUUUAUGGGGCGCCAUGCAGUCGCUUGGUCAAUUGAUUGGCAUGGUCCUGAUGAACCCUAUAUCCGAUCUCGUCGGCCGAAAAAUGACACUAUAUGGUGUCUGGAUCGUCCUUGCUGCGUCACUUAUAAUUGAAACAAUUGUUCGAGACUGGAGAGACUGGACCGGGGCAAAAUUGUUAGCCGGUGUCGGAAUAGGCGCUAUUCAGGCCACGCUUCCUAUCUAUGUAAUGGAAUGGUCCCCUGUCAACAUCCGCGGAGCCAUGAUCGUUACCUAUGGGUUCUGGAAUGUCAUUGGAAAGUUUCUUGCUAAUCUUGUCCUCAUGCUGGUGCAAAGCACCAACCCUGAAAAUUACAAGGUUCCUAUCGUGACACAAUGGGGGUUUCUGGGAAUCAUGUUGCCCAUCUUCCUUUGGCUACCUGAAACACCUGCCUACUAUGCCGAGCGAGACAUGGACGAACUAGGUAAAAAGGCGCUCAAACGUGUCAAUGGUUCGGUCAAGGAUUACAACAUAGAAACCGAGUAUGCCAUCAUCAAGAAUACUAUUAUCGAAGAGCGACACGCCCGCAUGGAACUUGGCCAGACGGGCUUGACCUGGCAAGAGUUGAUCAGAUCCUACCUUGAAUGCUUCCAGCGUGCCAAUGUUCGUCGCACGAUUGGGGCCGCCUUGCCGGGCUGUGCUCAGCAGUUGGCCGGUUUAUCUUUUCUCAACACCUAUGCAAGCCUGUUUUUCAAGCAGAGCGGAUUCGAUAAUGCAUUUCUCAUUACCACUAUCAUGUGUUCGAUCCAGCUUUUCACUGCCCUGUGCCUGAUGCUUCUCACUGAUAGAUUUGGUCGCCGGAACAUGGUUUUUGUCUCUGUCAUCAUCUGCACCGUCACGCUCUUGCUGGUUGGUAUCCUGGCAUUUGUUACCAAGACGGCUGCGGUCAAGGCGUUUCUCGUCUUUGUCGCGUGUGUCUGGGCUUUUGCUAACAGCACAGUUGGCAGUCUGGGAUUCGCAUUCGUUGGUGAGGUGUCCUCUCAGAAGCUACGAGCCAGAACCGCAGGUGUGGCUACCGGUUUAUCGGUGCUCUUUGGACUGACCUUUAACACAUCUCUGCCUAUCAUUCUGGAUCCCAGUGGAGUGAAUUGGGGGUACAAAACAGCCUGGCUUUUCUUCGGAUGUGGAGUAGUGGUCUGCAUUCUUCUCUACGUCUUUCUCCCUGAGUGCUCUCGCCGAAAUGCUGCCGAGAUCGAUGAGAUGUAUCAAAAAGGUGUUCCUGCUUGGAAGAUGAAGAAGUAUGUUACCGAGGUGCAAACAAUGCAUCAGGUUCAUUAA